GUCCCCCGUCAGCUUCCCUGAAUUCUGCCAGGUAGGGAUACUGAGGCAGAAGACAUGGAAACCUCUAGGGCCAUGUCCUGCUUUGAGCUGGGUGCCCAGUUCCUCCUCCUGGAGGCCCGGUCACAGGCUCCACAGCCCCAGUCUGAGAGACCCGUGAGGACCUGGUGUGGGUCAGGGUGGUCCCUAGAGGCCCGAGGUCCCCCAGGGGCCGGUAGCAGGGAUGGCUGGGUGGGGUGUCACGGGCAGGAAGCGGAAGCAUCGAGUAACCCCUAGCUGCAGGCGAGGCGGGAGCUCACUUCUCACUCGGCACAGCUGGAGCUGGAGGUGGGCACCCGGCACUGAGGCCUGUGGACAGAUGGACCUGCCCUGUGCCCUAGGGCUCGGGACGCUGCUGGCCCUGCCAGGGGUCCUGGGCUCCAGUGGCGAUGACACAGUGGGCUCCAGCUCUGUCACUGUGGCCCUACUGCUGCUGCUCCUCCUCCUGCUGGCCACUAGCCUGGCGCUGGCCUGGUGCCGCCUCAGCCACGACUCAGGAGGCUACUACCACCCAGCCCGCCUGGGCGCUGCGCUGUGGGGCCGCACCCGCCGCGUGCUCUGGGCCAGCCCUCCUGGCCGCUGGCUGCGGGCCCGGGCUGAGCUGCAGGCGACAGAUGAGGACCCCGAGCAGCAGGAGGAUGAGCAGGACGAGGAAUACUACAGCCUUGACGGUGGCCAGGAGGCCGCCAAACCCCAGAAAGAGGAGCGGCGGUGUGGAGGGCCGCUCAGCCCACAGCAGGGCCCAGAGCCCGCACAGGAAACACACGACGGUGACACCGAAGGGGGCCUGGGCCUGGGCUCCCAGGGGCCGGAGGGCUCAGCUGGCAGUGCUGAGGCCCUGCUGAGUGACCUGCACGCCUUUGCUGGCAGCGCAGCCUGGGACGACAGCGCCAUGGCGGCUGGGGCAAAGGGCCUCCAUGUCACUGCACUGUAAGGGCCACACCCAUCACUGUGCCUCUGCUUCCCCAGCUGCCAUGACUGGACACUGCCUGCCCUGGACCCCACUGUCACCCCCACCACCAUAUGGAGAGCCUCAGACUGUCACUCCGCCCCCCAGUUUGUCCCCCAAGCUGUGCAUCCCUGCCCCCUCCUGGAAGGCCACCCAUUCCCAGGGGCACUGAGCAGCCAUCUGAAAUAAAAUCCCUCCAGC